GGCGCCUCUGCCUCAUAACCCUCUCACGGAAAGAUCAAAAUCUCCCUCUGAUAAUCGUGGCAGGGCUUCUCCCCAUCGAUUAUCACACCUUUCUUCAAGUGCCUACCUACUUUUAGGUACCUACCUUAUCUACCUGUAGCUACCUUACCUUACACAUACGAUCUCGACAGCCUGCGAAUCUCCUCCGGUACGAAUCUUCACCUGUAUUUAGCACCCUAUAAAGCUCCGAGACCAACCCAGACAGCUCCCACUUAGCGUGGAGGCAACUUAAACGAACGGACCUUUCAAUUCGAGCUCGUGCUGUCACCACAUCCUAGAAACGAAACUCCUGUACCCCGCACGUCGAACAUCCCAUACGUCAAUUCGCUGCAUAUCGACCGACUGAACUUUCUUUUCAAUCUUUACCUCCACGUUCUCGGUGUCGGUCUUUAUCUCUGGGGCUGUUUUGGCCACAAUUCAUAUUUCCAUCGAGAACUGUGCGAGAGCGGCUCCUGAAUGGACUUUGAUCUAGCCCCUGGCUGACCGCGAUCGCGUCCACAGACUUUGAUCCAGGGUAGGUCCAUCUGGGCCUUGGGAUCAUCGUCUAGAGGCGAGCCCGUGUCGUUAAGUGUGACUGGGUCGGGGAUCGGAAGCAUGCCAGCUGUUGCUGCUGCUGCCGCCCAGAACGACGAUAAAAACUACGGCCAACAUGAUCACGAAAUCGCCUGGCCGAGCGCGAACAUGCCUUCCUACGGCGGCAGCAAGGACGGCCGUGCACCAGAAUCAGAGGAGCAACAAAACAUAAAAAAAGGACCGGCACUUGGAAGAGAUGGGCAGUUGCGAGAGCAGUCCUUGCAGCAGAAAGAGCAACAUCAGGCCAAGAACCCGGCGUUGAGGUUUGCCAAGCGAUAUCGUACUGAGGUCGCGGCAAGCAUGUCAAGUGCAAUCUCUACAGCCGCUGCAUUCCCCCUUGACAGCGUCAAAACUCGAAUGCAGACGUACAAAUACUCGGGCUUCAUUGACUGUGUUCGCCACACCUACCAGACGGAGAAGCUUAGGGGUUUCUUCAGAGGCGUCACUGCACCCAUGAUAAGCAUCACCGCGGUGCGUACGUUUUCGCUCUCGAUCUACAAUCGAUCCAGAACGGCCUACUCUCGCGUGCUUCAGGAAAAGUUUGGUGUCGACGUCGUUGGACAUAUGCGGAUGAGUGGAAAUUACCCCAACUUUUGGACAGUCUCGACUACUGGUGCUGCCGGUGCGACGGCCGGGUCCUUGAUCACUGUGCUAGCCUGUCCAUUUGAACUUUCAAAACUGAGUGCACAGGUAUCCGUUUUACUGUCGGAUCGCAAAAAUUGUCCGAAUCCCAAGGAUUAUGCCGUUGCAGCCAGCUACCAAAACAAGGGCACUUGGCAAACCAUGAAGAACAUUGUGAGGCAUCGAGGAUAUGCGGGACUCUACACGGGUUUCAGUCUUCAUUUAUUGCGCGACACAUUGGGAACCGGACUGUACUUCAUGACAUAUGAAAGUGCCAAACAGAUCCUCACCUCACUUUCCGGCACAUACCAAUCAAACCCCCUCCCUGUGCUCAUAUCUGGGGGUCUCUGUGGUAUAGUGUCUUGGGCUUUGAUUUACCCGAUUGACUCUGCAAAGAGCAUAUAUCAAAGAAACGCCCUGAUGCGGUCGAAAGGACAGACUGUUGAGCCUGUCAAGAUACAAUUCUUUCAGAAGCACAUGUAUCGUGGUCUCGGCGUGUCCAUGGGACGCUCCUGUGCUGUCAACGCUAUAUUUUUCUCCAUGUUUGAGCUUGCCAAAAAGCGCAUCAAAUCGAUGGAUGAUGGCGUCUAGGAGAACCCAACAUCAUAUCCCGAGUCUCUACUAGGCCCGCUCGACGAGAUUGGAUGACACGAUGGGUUUUGCAGCCAUCACCACAACUGAUUUACCAACACAAUCUAAUAUUGUUUUAUUCUUUUGGGCUUUAUCUAACGGAACAUAAGUCCCGAGCAGGUGGUUCUAAACGGGCUUUGGGGACUGGACAGGAAGUACCAAAAACAUGCAUACUAGGACGGCGUUGUUUUUAUUUUUUAUUUUUUUAAAGGAUGCUUUACCAUUCUCGUGAUGAAAACACCAUUUUCUGGAGGUGGGACAGCAGGGCAAUAGUAGCCUACUUGAGUGUAAGAAAAUCAAUCAUUAAGCCACAGCUUAAUCUGUAAA